AAAUUAUUCCGGUCACACAAGAAAUGUUUCUUAUCACGCAUUUCCAGUGGAUCCAAAUAGAAGGAGAAAGUGGAUAGAGGCAGUCAGAAGACAAAAUACGUGGAUUUCAACUAAAAACCACUACAUUUGUAGCAUUCAUUUUGCGGAAGAAUGCUACAAUGCCAAUUCUACGAAACAGAGAAACUGCACAAAGAUUCUAUACCUACAUUGAAUUUGCCUAAAUUUUCACAUGAAACAAAAGAUGAUGAGAUCGACAUAGAUGGAACAUACAAAACAAGCACACCAGUAAAUGUUUUAUUUUCGGUAUGCAAUACCGAGGUGGAACCUUUUAGAUCGGUGUCAUCCAUCACGUUUAGUGAAAUACCGGGGUGGUUGGAACUUGAUUUGGUCCAUCCUGUCAUCAACUGUUUUUCAAUGGGACGACUUCUGAACAUCAGAGAGAUCUUGACUGUCAAGAUACGUGAAUUAGGCCACUGAACUUUUCAAAACAAAACCAACACAGGUGAAAUAUCUGAGCAUCUCCCUUGACAACAAAUUGAACUGGGCGAGUCAUAUCGACAACAUGCAUAGUGCCUAGCAAACAUAGCAGCCACGGGUUGUAUGAGAACCACUCUUAUCGGCAUCACUUGACUUCUUUCUGAAUCUCAGACAUUUAGACCUCAUUAUUCAGGAGGAAGCACAAGCACCCACUCUAAGACUUAAAGGAAACGAUCUAUGAAA